CCUUAUAAGCCUCAGUAAGUCACCCGGGAGACCUCCACCAGCGCUCCACUCGGCUGUUCCUCGCGGCGCAAAGGGGCACGAGGCUGUUCAUAAACCAUCUGAACUGUUCGCUGCUCGCUGUUUUUCCUCCUCAGGUGCCCCAGCACAUGCCUCUAGAAAUACUUAAGGUCUCCAUGCCUUCCCGUUCCUAGCGGAAGACCGGUGCGACAAUGACCAUCCAUGUAGAGGGGCUUGUGGCUAUCGCGGUCUUCUAUUUGCUCAUCCUGUUCGUGGGCAUUUGGGCGGCAUGGAAGAACAAGCACUCUGGAGAGGCGGAGGGCACCGACCGCAGCGAGACCAUCAUGGUCGGCGGGAGAGACAUUGGAUUAUUUGUCGGUGGAUUUACCAUGACAGCAACCUGGGUUGGAGGAGGAUACAUCAAUGGCACAGCUGAGUAUGUAUAUCUGCCCGAUUUUGGCUUGGCUUGGGCACAAGCUCCUUUUGGAUACGCCCUCAGUCUGGUUGUGGGUGGCCUUUUUUUUGCCAAGCCCAUGCGCUCACGAGGUUACGUCACCAUGUUGGACCCAUUCCAGCAGCUGUAUGGGAAACGCAUGGGUGGCCUUCUCUUCAUACCUGCACUCAUGGGUGAGAUCUUCUGGUCCGCUGCCAUCUUAUCCGCCCUCGGUGCUACUCUGAGUGUCAUCGUGGACAUCAACAUUAAGAUGUCAGUGGUCAUCUCAGCACUCAUUGCAAUCUUUUACACCCUGGUUGGAGGACUGUACUCGGUGGCCUACACUGAUGUUGUGCAGCUUUUCUGCAUCUUUGUUGGCCUGUGGAUCAGUGUCCCCUUCGCUUUGACCAACCCUGCGGUGUCGGACAUCACUGUUACAGCAGUGAAGCAGGUCUAUCAGUCACCCUGGAGAGGCAGCGUCCGCAAGAGCGACACCUGGGUCUGGAUUGACAACUUCUGCCUCCUGAUGCUUGGCGGGAUACCCUGGCAGGUAUAUUUCCAGCGAGUCCUGUCUGCCUCCUCAGCUACGUACGCCCAGGUCCUCUCCUUCCUGGCUGCUUUUGGGUGCCUCGUCAUGGCUGUGCCCUCCGUUCUCAUCGGAGCCAUCGGGGCCUCCACAGACUGGAACCAGACAAGUUAUGGUCCUGUGCCUCCCAGGGAAAAGGAAGAGGCGGACAUGAUUCUACCCAUCGUGCUCCAACACCUUUGCCCGCCUUUCGUCUCUUUUUUCGGUCUGGGUGCAGUGUCUGCAGCUGUCAUGUCCUCUGCAGACUCCUCCAUUCUUUCAGCAAGCUCCAUGUUUGCGAGGAACAUCUACCAGCUCGCCUUUAGACAGUCGGCAUCUGAUCGUGAGAUCGUGUGGGUGAUGCGAAUUACUAUAUUUAUAUUUGGUGGCCUUGCCACAGUGAUGGCGCUGGUAACUGGGACAGUUUACGGCCUCUGGUACCUGAGCUCAGACUUGGUUUACGUCAUCAUCUUCCCCCAGCUGCUCAGCGUGCUCUUUGUCAAAGGCACCAACACGUACGGCUCGGUGGCUGCCUACCUGUUUGGCCUGGUGUUGCGUAUAGGCGGAGGUGAACCUUACCUGCGGUUGCCUCCUUUCAUUUAUUACCCCGGUUGGACCACUGAGAAGAGGAUGCACCCCAUGACGGGAGAAAUGGAGGAAAUUGUCAUUCAGAAGUUCCCCUUCAAGACCGUCUCUAUGCUCGCCUCUUUUCUGGGCAACGUUGGUUUCUCCUACCUGGCCAAGUACCUGUUUGAGAGCGGCAAGAUCUCACACAAGUAUGACUUUCUCGAUGCGGUGGUGUCCAAGCACAGCGGGGAGAUUAUGGAUAAGACAACGCUGGUAACUCGAGGCAACAACAUUGGGCUGUCUGAGAUGGCGUCCGUCAAACCGCGCCUAAGCGUGACCUUGGCGGCCGCCUUCACGCGCCGUGACACGCUGCCGACAGAAACAGUGGAGGAGGAGGAGGAGUCCAGUCCUGACUCCUCCCACCAUGAUGAAGAAUGACAAACUCAGGAUGUGAUUUAAGAAAAAAACUGACCAUGUGACUGAACUGCCAGAGAACUGGUGACUCUGUCAGACACUCUAAGAACAACAAGCAAGCAUCCUCCCUUCGGACUACAAAGGACCACAUCGCUCUUGUGGUGACUGGAUUUCGGCCACAUGUCAGGUUAUAGAUAUUUAGUGUAGCAGCUUGCUGAUUGUCCCGACAUGACACUGUCUUUCUGUGAUGUACAUCAAACACAAACACAUACACUCAUGUAGUACUUAAAGAUAGCUGGGUGUCCUUUCUUGAACUGGUUUGGAGAAAAUUUGAUUGAUUUUAUUUUCUAUCACUAAUGAAAAAGCAGACCAGAAACAAACUGCAGAUGAGUGGCGAUAAGAGAUGCUGCGUACAGUUUAUACAGAGGAGCAGUGGCCGAAAUAUGACACUUGGAUGACUGGUACUUUAUAAGAAAUGACUAACAGCACAACUGCAUUAGGAAGGAGGGUAUAGUCGAUGUACCAAUUAGUAAAAAGCAAUAACACAUGAAUACACUUUUAACAACUGUACAGCAAUUAUUAGAAAUAUCUGAUUGUGAGAGAGCUGAAAAAGGAAAAUGAAAUGGUGGAAAACAGGAUAUUUUGCAGCUUUAAUGUGUCAUAUUAAGCAAAUUAAUUUAGGUAAUUGUGACCUAAUUUACUGAUAUAAUUGGGUUUUGAUUUGUAAAUGAAUUAACACAUUAAACAGACUUUAAUGUCAUAAUAUGAAAUACAUCAGAUUAUAUCAUAUUUUAAAAGACCCAAGACUCAUUUUGUUUGAUGCGGUUUUGAUGGUCUCUCAUGUAUAUUAUUAAUAUUACUGAUAAACACAUUAUGACUGUGAAUCAAGAAAGGAACAAUCCAUUUAUCGUGCUGAGUAGAAAAUAUACAAGCUGUAGUGACAGUAGUUGACCUGAAUCAUUAGCUAAUAUUCUCUUUAAUGUCAGGUGUAGAAACAGUUUUAAUCAUAAGAAUCAUGUGUAAAUUAGUGUUUUAAAUGACCUUGUAUUCAGCUGCCUUAAUGAAGCUCAUGAAAAGAUAUAUUUCCACAGUUGUGACUGGACUCUGGUCAGACUGCAGUGGACAAAGACUUGAAUAUGAAUGUAAGAAAAAAGACCUGAUUAUGUCGAUUAGUGUACUACUUCUGAUGUUUGUGUAUGUUUUUUGUUUGUGAUUUGCAAAAGUCAAAGAGUUACUGUUGUGGAGCAAUGUGGCAGCAGGUUCUGAUUUAUGAAUCAGUUCUUUAUUUGUUGUUGUACAGCAGUGUACAGAUUAUUUUCUCUGUGAUGUGUAUGUUUGUAUACAUAUGAGGAAAAAAGCUAAAGAUAUAUAGAUAAUGCUGGUUAAAAUAAUUUAAAUAAGAUGGGAGGGAUGCUGUCUAAAUGUUUAUUUAUUUUUGAUGUCAUAAAAAGAUGAAACAAUAAAAAAGAAAAUUAUUUCAGGAAAAUAUAUAAACUCUACUUUUGUAAGAAGAUGAAAUUUGUAUUUCACAUUUGUUGUGUGCUGGCUCUUGUGAAAAAUCCACUUUAGUUAUACGAUAAAUGCAGUUUUACUUAAUUUCCACAAAAUUAGAUGUUUGUAAUUUUUUUUAGCUAUCUAUUUCUUUUUUUUUUUAAUUGGUGAUUAUGCUAAAAUUGUAUGGCACUGUGACCCUUCAGUGUUAUGUUGGUUUGCACCAGUGGUUCCCAACAUUUAUGACCUCUGUCAUGUCGCAUGGGUUCAACCAAAAAGUGACUCUUCACUAUUGGACUCUUUGAUGUUUAAAAAUUUAAAUGUCCAAAGAAGUGAAAUACGAUAGUAAAUUAUAAAAAGAAAGAGCGGAAAUUUGAAAAAAGCUUAAAAAAAAAAAAAAAAAAAGCUCUCCUAUUCUGCAGCUCAUUUUGUGAUCCUCAGAUUUAUCAUUCAACCCUUUGGAGGAUUUCUGUUUCAUGGGAAUAUUAGAUUCAAUGAUUAGAAUCAUUUGAAUGAUUUCUAUUUUUUCUUUUCUGUAUAAUUUUAAGUUUGAAGGAGGUUUCUCAGACUCACUUUUUAACCCUCUCUUUAGAAAAAAAGGCUUACAUUG